AUGUUUCUAAGACUAUGGCAGAAAAGACUAUAUAAUACUGUUUCUUUGACCCAGCCAACUAUAUUUGCUCUAUCUACGCAUUUGGCAAAGUCGGCAAUUGCAGUUGUAAGGAUUUCUGGACCUCAAUCAUUAUACAUCUAUAAUAAACUAACUCAAACACAAACUAAACCCAAACCUCGAACAGCCAGCGUUCGCAAAUUGUAUUCUCCAAAUACCUUGCAAAUCUUAGAUGAAGCAUUGACUUUGUUCUUUCCUCAACCACGAACCUACACUGGUCUUGAUAUAUUGGAAUUGCAUCUACACGGUGGAGUAGCAAUUAUUAGGUCGGUUUUGGAGUCGAUUCGUCAACUACAUGACCCUGAUAAUGGGAUAUUUAUCCGUCAAGCAGAGCCUGGAGAGUUCUCUAAGCAAGCAUUUGCAAAUGGCAAAUACGAUCUCACUGCUUUGGAGGGUAUCAGUGAUAUGAUAAAUGCAGUAACAGAACUGCAAAGAGUUGCUUCAUUGGCAUCCAUGUCGGGUCAAACGAAAAAUAUUUUUGCUAAAUGGCGACAAGAUUUGUUAGAAAAUGUGGCAGACUUAACUGCUCUUGUUGACUUUGGUGAAGACCAGACUUUGGAGGAGUCUGAGCAUUUUUUCGAGAAUGUGGCUCGAAAUAUUGAGAUGCUUGAAGCAGAAGUAAGAAACUACCUUAAGAAGGUUAGAUCAUCAGAGGUUUUGCUCAAGGGAAUACAGUUAGCUUUAGUGGGACCGCCUAAUGCAGGAAAAUCAUCACUAUUGAAUACGUUAUCUAAUACGGAUACGGUUAUUGUUAGUGACAUAGCUGGAACUACACGAGAUGUAAUAGAUAUACCUUUGGAGGUUGGUGGCUAUAAAGUGGUUAUGGGUGAUACUGCUGGUAUACGACUGCUCUCGGAAGCUGAUCAUAUUGAACAGGAAGGUAUCAGAAGGGCAAAAAGUAAAUCACAACUGGCUGAUUUUGUCAUGCUUGUUAUUGAUCCAACUCAGAAAGAAGACAAUAUUGCAGAACUAAAAAAACUUGUGACCUCUUUAAAAGAAUGCAAUAAGCAAAUGCUUGUUGUUUUGAACAAAGAAGACUUAAUACAGAGCGACCGAAAUAAGGUGGUUGAAAAGUAUUCCAGCCUUCUCAAUCUUGACAAAGAUAUGUUUCACUUUGUCUCGUGCCGUACAGGUAGCAAUAUAGACAAACUAAGAGAUACUAUUGUUGAAAAGUUCAAGGUUAUAGCUCAGUCGGAUACAGCUGAUCCUAUUAUUGUUUCCUCUAGAGUACAAGAUAUUCUCGAACAUGACGUUUUGUAUGGGUUCGAAGGAUUUACCCACUGGAAAGGUCAAGAUGAUGUUGUGUUGGCUACAGAGUGCUUGCGCCAGGCUAUUGAAGGUAUUGGUAAAAUCACCGGGGAAGCAAUAGGCGUAGAGGAAGUUUUGGGAGUUGUGUUUUCCAAUUUCUGCAUCGGUAAGUGA